AUGCUGCGGCGCACUCGCCUGACUGCCGGCAGGGCGCCUCCGGUGAUUGGGCAAACUCGGAAGGCACGCUUCGCCAAUAUCGAUGACAACCCGACGAUCACCUACAAGCCGUGGGACACGAGUGAACCACUUAUGGCCGACUAUGGCUGGCAGAGAGGCCAGCUUCCGAAGUUCCGUGCGCGCAGUCCUUUCCAUCGGCAGCAGAUCGCCCGCCGCAUGGUGACGGAGAUGAUACGGAAGGAUUACUGUAUUGUUGGCGGUGCUCGCGCUCCCGCACUGCGCAUCCUGGCUGACCACGUGGUGGAGCUCGCCAAGGCAGGCGAUACGGACUCGCGUCAGCACCUUGCGUACUUCCUGCACGAUCCGCUGAUGGUUGACAAGGCGUUUGAUGAGUACCCGCGCCGCUUUAAGGAUAUGCACGGCAAGUAUGCCAUGAUGACGCGUCUUAAGAGUCGUCGUCGCUCUGAUGGUGUGGCCAUGUACUUUGUAGAGUACAAGAACCGUGACCUUAGCGACAAUCACAAGGGUGAGGACUAUACAGCUGGCCCCGAGCGCUUCUUUCUGCCGCCGCGUAUUGUUGAGACGGAGAAGGGUAUCCAACGGCCGCCACAUAUGCAGAUGGCGUUUGACCGUUGGGCGAGUAAAUUCAAAACGGAAGAGUUUCAUCACUGGUGGCGUUUGCGUCACGCGAAGCUGCGCUUCUGGGGAGUGCGCAAUGUGCCGCACCCUAGCGAUGUCGAUCCGCUCUGGACGGAGAAGGAAGAGGAGGAGUGGCACAACGAAAUGCUUGCCAACACCGGCGACUUUGAGGACUUGGACCUCGAAGACGACACGUUUGCUGCAGCAGGAGAGGGCGGCGAGCCGGCACCCGAUGGGGCUGGGCCGGAGCCGCUUCGAAGGGCGUGA